ACAGCAGGCUCAGGAUCGGAGAGCUGUUGCCCUAAACAUGGACCUGCCGCAGUCUCUUCCUCCCUGCUGGGUGUGCGCGAAUCCUCCAGCGCUCCAGGGGUGGCGGUUCCUCGGUUCUGGGGCUCCGCUCCCCGGGGACCCGGCCUCCCCCGCUCUCGCACCUGGGAACCUCCUGGCCGGCCGCGCCACCACGCCGCGGGCCGGAGGCGACCCCUCCCGCCUCCGCGUCCCAGGGUGGCCGCCCCGCGCGCCGCGUCACUCGGCGCCCUCGGUGAGCACCUACCAACUGGCCGCGCCGCGGAGGGGAGAGAGGCCGCGACCCUUCCCCUGCCUGCGGGCGACGCGCCACCACUCGGGCCGCCUCGGCCUGACGCUAAAUUUAAAAACUUAACAGGCGCGGGUGGCUGGCUCCGGAAACGAAAGUAAAUUCGUCCCCGCGGGCCGCCUCCCGGGCUCUGCCGGCGCCUCGGCGCGCCGCGCUACCCGGAAUAGACCUUUCUCCCGCCAUUUUCCUCCGGCUCCUAGCAGGCCCCGCGCCCCGCGGGUGAGGCCUGCUGCCGCCGUGCCUGGAGGCGUCGGGCUCGCGCCCCGCGGAGAACGCAGGCGGCAUGGACUGCGGGAACGGGGCUCGCGCCCGGCAACAUGUAUUCCUGCUUCCAGAUCUUAAGAAAACUGAAUAGGCUUGAUAUGGUAUCUAAAAAUAAAAAUAUUUAAAAGAUGCUUCAAAGAAGAUGAAAAGUGGGCUUAUGUUUGUAAAAUUGGUUAACCCAUGUUCAGGAGAAGGAACCAUUUACUUGUUCAAUAUGUGUCUACAGCAGCUGUUUGAAAUAAAAAUUUUCAAGGAAAAACACCAUUCUUGGUUUAUAAAUCAAUCAGUCCAAUCAGGAGGUCUUCUCCACUUUGCCACACCCAUGGACCCUCUAUUUCUGCUUCUCCACUACCUCAGGAAGGCUGAUAAAGAGGGAAAGUUCCAGCCCCUAGAGCAAGUUGUGGUGGAUGACAUGUUUCCAAAUUGCAUUUUGUUGCUGAAACUUCCUGAUCUUGAGAAGUUACUUCGACAUGUGACAGAGGAAAAAGAAAUAGACAAAAAGAAAUAUUACAAGUACAGUAAGGAGAAGACAAUAAAGUGGCUGGAAAUAAAGGUUCAUCAGACUGUAUCAGCCUUAAAAACCAAUAACGUAAAUGUCGGUGCCCGGGUACAGGCAACUGCAUUUUUCUCUGGUGACCAGGUUUCCAUUGACAAGGAAGAGGAUUAUAUUCGUUAUGCACAUGGUCUGAUAUCUGAUUAUAUCCCUAAAGAAUUAAGUGAUGACUUAUCAAAAUAUUUAAAGCUUCCGGAACCUUCAGCGUCAUUGCCAAACCCUCCAUCAAAGAAAGUAAAGUUAUCUGAUGAGCCUGUAGAAGCAAAAGAAGAUUACACUAAGUUUAACAGGACAGAUUGGAAGACUGAAAAGAAAAAUAGCAAAAUGACUGCAGCUCAGAAGGCUUUGGCUAAAGUUGACAAGAGUGGAAUGAAAAGUGGCAGCACAAAGACAGAAAAGGGGCAAGUGACAGCAGGUCCAACGCAAAGCUUGGCUGCUUCUUCUAUAACUUAAGACGCUCUCAAGGCGCUAAGACUUUUUCUUCUGCACCGUCUAGAAAUUCUGCAAGUGCCAAAAAGUAUACUUUAAAGAACUAACCACUAACGAUCUAUUUCUUUGUUUAACACCACUAGUGCAUUUGGGUAAUGGCCUUUUGCGCUGGAGGUGACUCCGUCGUGGAACUUGAAUGCACCCCCAGAGGGUCCACAGUCUGAGAACUCAAGCCACAUCACCCCUCGGCCCCGGGCCUGUCUCCCAUUGUACAGUAUAGUGCUUCUGAUUUCAAAACAGUGGGAGGAGAGGGUACAUGGUGAAAUUGGGGUCCUUUCUAAAACCUGCCCACGUUGGCCUGUGUCCUCUCCUGGGGCUAGCUAGAGUGGUGUAGGUACGUGUGUGCUGACUACCAGUACUUGAUUCCACACUAAAAGCUUUGACAAGCCAACUUCCUAGCCUGACUUCAAAGAAAAAAGAAAAAGCCUGACUUUUCUGUACUCCUUACCAGUUUGACAGCUACUAAGUUAAAAUGAUAACUGAACAUGUGCAUUUUACAAUCUGCUGGAGUUAUAAACAUUGAUUCAUUUUUAAAA